GUGAAAUAUCAAUGGAUGGGCUGAUUGAUUCUCUACCGACGACUUUGCUGCAUAACCCUCCGAACUUCCCCAUCACAAAACAUACACAUCUUCUCUAUUACCUACCUAGUACUUCGAAAGUCUCCUUCAUACGUCUCGUCUACCUCUCUCUCUCUCUCUCUCCUUUGUCAAUUGUUGACCCUGAGAAGCUUAAUUGGUGUAUACAUACGAAGUAAGGAGGCACAUUUGAGGUCCACGUAACACGUCGACAGGUAACUCUCCCAAGCUUGGCAAUUGCUCUUCGCAUUCUCAGAGACACCUCAACCAGACUCCAGUCAAUUGUGUAAAAGAAGAUAGACAUUAGGCCGCCGAUUGAUAUGUGUAUAUUACAUCUUGUUGACUGAAAGUAGCUCUUCCACAUCAGCUGCUACUCAUUACGCCGGAUAGAUUUUGGGAAGAUAGUAUCUUCGACUACUACCCGCGUUAGUAUUAUUACGAAAGCAAAAUCCCAAUGGCUGCCCCGCAUAUCUAUCGCCCCAAGCCGCGUCGGCCUUUCGAGGCACAUUCCCUUACCCUUCAAACUCUAAGUCCUUCUCUUACCUCUUUAUCCGAGUUCUUUGAAGCACCGAGCCGCACCGACUCCGUUCUCGAUUUGACAUCCUCCACUUUGGGUGGAAUAUACGAGGCGACUGGCCAUGGUGAUUUUGAGCCAGAGACGCCGUCCACACCUUGGGGAACAGGCGCUGAAAGUCCCCAACGAACACGCAGCCCUCCAGUCUAUCGAAGACAAUCUUUUGCCGACGUUCCUACCUCAGAGUCGGCUACUAUAUAUUCCAGAGUCUUCAGGUCUGUGCUAUUAUUCGGCUUAGGACUCUUGUAUGGUUUACUUGUCAAACAUCUACACGAUGACCGGCAUCUAGCACCACUUCAAGUGGAGACAAUUAUAAAACCUAGCCAUGAUUGGAAAUAUCUUGUAUUUUGGGGCAUAGCUGGGGUAGGAUUGGGAAGUGUAUUACCACUGGUCGACAAAUUCUGGGAGGAAAGGGUGCAAUUACCCUUUGAAUCCUCCACUUGUACUCCCUCGGAAGAAGCAAUCGAUGUCAGCAACUCGCAGGGUGUUCUUGGAGGAGACUGGAUACUAGCAGUGAGAAGUGUGGGCGCUUUUGUGGGAAUUGCUUAUGCCAUUCGCAAAUUACCUUGGGCAUCCGAUAUGCAAGCCUCCUUAGCCCUGGCCCUUGUGAAUCCAGUCCUGUGGUAUCUUAUUGAUCGUUCUAAACCUGGACUUGCAUUUUCAGCCGCAGUUGGGGCUACUGGAAGUGUACUUCUCCUAGCAUCGAACUCAGACUUGAUGCCCAGUCCGGCCGCUUCCAUGAAGAACAAUACUGUAUCUCAUCAACCGGCUGAUUACUCAGAGGCAGAAUCCGAGAAACUAGUCACAAGGGGCAACCUCGAGGCUGGGAUAUGGAUUGCUAGUGUUCUCUUUUGCAGCUGUGUUUGUUUUGGAAAUAUUGGGCGAAGGCUAGCACUCAACAGCAACAGAAGAAGGACCUCGUUUUUGAGCAAGCAGCCGAGAAGGGAGUCCAUGGGACAUGUGCAAGCUGCAAGACAGUUGCGAUAACAUAAAAAUCAAUACCUUCUUUGGUCGAUACCUGGAUAUGUAGAGAUUGGAAAACAAUUGUCAAGCAUUAUGAAAUACACUUUCAGCUCUUUCCUACGUUUUUCACAGUAUAUUCAUUUGAGAAGAGAACUUUACUUCAUGUGCUUAAGGAACACUAAGCAACAUCUGUUAUUUGGCGAUAUCAAGGAACAUUGGAACAAUGAUCUGGGUCAACUCCAUUCGCAGCACAAGGCUGUAUAUUGAUUUCAAUUAAGCUGCCGCCAAAAUUUCAGUUAUGAGGAAAAGUGCCACAAUUUCGAAUCAGAUCCAAUAUUUGAGUUUGGAAGCGGAAGGGAAAGAACCCAGCAUUUGGCUUCUCGAAACAGAAUGCUAACAGUACUUGAUGAGGAAAGAACCGUGCUCCUCAGCUUGAUCUAGUGUUUGAUUUUGGAAGAAGGAAAGAUGUACAACACCCGAUAGGUAACACACAGCGAUGAUUUUCGGCAUGAUAAGUUUUGGGAUAGCAGGCGUUAAGGAGGAGUGGAAGAGACGACAUUCGGGAAAACACGCAUGUAAGGAAGAAGGGAAUUCCAAUACCUAUUUAUUAGUAAUACCAAAUUAUUCUUAUUCCA